AGCACGGGGGGGCAUGCGACCUUGCGCGUUUCUGUCUAAAACUCUUGACGCUGUGGCACAAGGGCUUCCUGGCUGUCUUAGGGCUGUUGCUGCGUGUGCUCUCAUGGUCACGGACGCUGAAAAACUUGUUUUGUCGCAUCCGCUCAUUUUACACACUUCACAUGAUGUCGUGUACAUUCUGCGGAAUCUUAGCACUCAGCAUUUGUCUGCUCAGCGUCGCUCUGGCUAUGAGUUUAUUCUUUUGGCCACAGAGCAUCUCACUGUUAAGCCCUCCUCGUCGUUUGAUUCUGUCGCCCACGCUCUUCAGCGUCUUCUUAACUCACAGGAUGACGAUGUUGCGUUUGACUCACAUGACUGUCUUUCUAAUAUCGUUUUUGAAACUAGCAUCCGCCCAGAUUUACACUCCACCCCUCUUUCCACAGGCGAUUCUCUUUUUGUAGAUGGUUCCUGUUCCCGCCCUGCGGAUGGUGUGUUCCUGUGUGGUUACUCUGUUUGUCGCCUCCCUGAUGAAAUUGUUGAAGCUCAUUCUUUGCCUUUUUCUUCUGCUCAGGCUGCGGAGCUCUAUGCUUUGACUCGCGCGUGUAUUUUGGCUCAAGACACAGACGUUACUAUUUACACCGACUCACGCUACGCUUUCGGCGUGGCGCACGACUUCGGCCGCAUUUGGGCGUCUCGGGGGUUUACGACAGCCGACGAAAGUUGCUGUGACAAUAGCUGACGGCCUUUUCAGGGAUCCCCUUCCAGCAUCUGGAGCAAUCCAGUUUCGGCUGAUCUACAAAGAGGGGAUGGUUGGUGAGUCUUGCAAAGUUCUGGGCUGAAGAGUCUGAAAAGCACGGGAGCCUGUGACAUUUUUCGCCGUCUGCACCCUGUGAGCAUUAGAGAACAAAGUCAGUGACCAGUAUGACUUUCUUCAUCAUCGUGCUGAUCUCAACGCUUGGGGCAGGGUUACCCGCACAAGCAAUACACCGGGACCCAAGGGAUAACGAGUUUUGGAAAUAUAUAAACUUCACUGUAAAAACAUCAAUGAAUAUGAGUAAA